AGAGAUUGAAGAUAACAAAAAAAGACCAAAGCUUUAGCCAUAUUUUAAGCUCCCACAAAACUCUUGCGCUUUUUUUUUUUUUUAUAAUUAUUAUUUAAUUUAAAGAUUCUCCUUACUCUUCUAGCUAUAUAUAAAGAAAGCCUUUUGUAUUUGCAAUGGCUAUACUAACAGCAGUGGCAGUAAACGGGGGCUUGAAGAUGGGGAGUGUAUCACAAGCUUAUUUAGAGAGCAAAGCAGUGAAGGAGACACGGUCCUUGAUAUCUGAGCUUUGUCGCCAGUUCUAUAACCUUGGAUGGGUUUCCGGAACAGGUGGCAGCAUCACCAUGAAGGUUCAUGAUAGUUGUAUCCCUAAGCCUCAGCAGCUCAUCCUCAUGUCCCCUUCUGGCGUUCAAAAGGAGAGAAUGGAACCAGAGGACAUGUAUAUAUUAUCAGGAGAUGGGUCUAUUAUUUCUUCACCUUCUCCAAAGCCAUACCCUCAUAAGCCUCCCAAGUGCUCUGAUUGUGCUCCUCUUUUCAUGAAGGCAUAUCAUAUUCGAAAUGCUGGAGCUGUUAUCCACAGUCAUGGAAUGGAAUCUUGCCUUGUAACAAUGAUCAAUCCACUUUCAAAAGUGUUUCGUAUCACUCAUAUGGAAAUGAUAAAAGGAAUUCAAGGACAUGGUUACUAUGAUGAACUUGUGAUCCCAAUAAUUGAGAACACAGCAUAUGAAAACGAGCUCACAGAUUCUCUUGCCAAAGCUAUUGAAGCCUAUCCUAAAUCAACUGCUGUGCUUGUUCGCAAUCAUGGCAUAUAUGUAUGGGGAGACUCAUGGAUCAGUGCUAAAACUCAGGCGGAAUGUUACCAUUACCUCUUUGAUGCUGCUAUUAAACUUAAUCAACUAGGCUUAGACUGGUCUACUCCAGAUCAUGGCCCCAUUCAGAAAGUUAAAGGAGUUUCGGGCAUCAAUGGCAGGAUAAAUGUGUCUACGAAGGCCGGGACAGUGGAUUCAAAUAAUAAAAUCGAGCCAUUUCCACGUUGCAUUGUGCUUGACAUUGAAGGAACUACAACCCCUAUUUCAUUUGUAGCAGAUGUUCUCUUUCCAUAUGCCCGAAACAAUGUUGGGAGGCAUUUGUCUGCAACAUAUGCUAGUGCUGAAACCCAGGAUGACAUUAAGCUGUUACGUUCUCAAGUUCAAGAUGACUUGAAGCAAGGUGUUAUUGGCACUGUACCUAUCCCCUCAGAAGAUGCGGGAAACGAGGAGGUGAUUGCAGCUUUGGUUUCUAAUGUGGAAGCAAUGAUAAAAGCUGAUAGAAAAAUCACUGCCUUAAAGCAAUUGCAAGGUCAUAUAUGGCGAACUGGAUUUGAGAACAAUGAGCUAGAAGGAGUAGUUUUUGAUGAUGUACCGGAAGCUCUUGAAAAAUGGCAUGCUUUGGGUGUAAAGGUAUACAUAUAUUCUAGUGGUAGCAGGUUGGCUCAGAGGCUUAUAUUUGGAAAUACAAACUUCGGUGAUUUAAGAAAGUUUUUGUCUGGAUUUUUUGACACCGCAGUGGGAAACAAAAGAGAAACACGCAGUUAUGUUGAAAUCACAGAGUCAUUAGGAGUUGAUAAUCCAUCUGAGAUACUUUUUGUGACUGAUGUCUAUCAAGAAGCCACAGCUGCAAAGGCUGCAGGUUUGGAGGUGGUAAUCUCUGUCCGGCCAGGAAACGGUCCUCUUCCAGAGAGCCAUGGAUUCAAGACUAUCAACUCUUUCUUGGAAAUCUGAUAGAAGUUUCGUACUUCUUUAAUAAUAUCGACUGUAACUAUUUAUACACGCAAUAAAUCACUUUUGGAUGCAAUAAAUCUUGGUUUGUUACAACCCUUUAUCAAUCUGUCGCUGCCAGUUUUGGUUGUAUCUUCAUUCAAGUAAAGUUCGUUGCUAAUGCUAUGGUAUUGUAUAGUCAAGUAGCCUUGUUGAAGCAACAACUGAUAAAAGUUUGGUGUUGAUCUUUCGACAUUCAAAUGUUUCAAAGGAGGAUGGGUGUUCACUUGCAGAUGAUGAACCCUGGUUUUCUGCUGUGAAACACGCAAUCAUGUGAAGGUUCCAAACAUUCCAUUACUGAUACAGGUAAGGAGAAACGACUGUAGUCUAACAAAUUCAGGAGCAACCAAAACCCAUCAUCAAUUCCUAGACAUGCAAGUGGAGGCCACUUCUGCCACACCAUAAAGGAUUUGAUAGAUGUUUACCAAACAUUGUACUCGAGUUAAAACUUUACAUGGGCAAUGAUGUUGAUGUUUAAUGUCUCAAAAGAAUAUUGGUUGUUGGUGUUAAUAUGCAACAGAUGAACCCCGGAUGUCUUAUGCCAAACUUAAUAUUUUUGUAGGAGUGACUGAAUGAGAGAAAUGGAAAGAGGAAAAUGGGGAGAAUGAGGAAAAGGGUGGGAUUUUACUGCUAUG